CGUUCGGAUAAUAUUCAGAUAUUACAUACGGAAAUCUUACAGUGUUUACUUGCAUAACAGGUGUAAGUUGUGUUAGUAAUAUGGAGUAAUAAGCUGCACUAUCUAAGCUAAUUGAAGUGCUGGAAUACCUUGGCGAGCCGGAACAAGAGACUAUUUCACAGAAUAUUGUAAUUUUUAUUGAUGUCGACGAGUAGUUCUGGUGGAGAAUCCCAAAGCGCCACGAAAAUGCAGUUGCUGAUUUAGUAAAGAAUAAUGAAUUCAGCCGAAAAGUGAAAAUCGGGAUAUUUUGCUCUGGCGACGUUAGAAACGGGAUGCAAUUAUGACGGCCGCAAUGGAAAGAAAUGGUGAUAUUUUGAACGAAUUGGACAAAGAGUAUGGUGAACAGAAGGACUUCGAAAACCAUUUAAACAGCUCUAAAGAUGGACCAGGAUCACCAGAGUUGACGAUACCGGCCGAGCAGACCAAACUAGACGCCGUCCGUCGAGUCUCGACAGGAAUGUACCUCACAGCUUCGGAGGCUCUCGGUUACGGCAUGGACAGCGUCAAGCGUGCUGCAUCCGGGAUCGGCGCAGGCAUCACCAGGGCGGGACAGAACGUCGCCGACAAGAUGCAGAAGUCUCCGAAGAUUCCGAAGGCGAUGAGGAAGCGAGCCGAGGUCGACGACCUCAGCAUGAAUAUGAUUUCCGACGACAGCGAUGACGGUCUCGACGAUGAUGAGAUGCUGAUGAUGCCGAAGAAGAGUUCCAAGGAAGCGCUGGUAAGAAAGAAACGCAUGGACAGCAAGAAGAAAGAGAGUAAACAGACAUGGUAAAAGUGAAGGCGGGGCAGCAUCUCGACGUGACGUCACAAUUCGUUGGCAAUAUGUAAGAGUCUCUAUCUUUAACAGAUACUGCAAAACUGUAAGGAACUUCUGAAGACUCACGUUUUGAUCUUCCACUUUACGAGAAAAGUUUCGUUUGACACGGGUUGGCUAGAGAUUCGUUCUGACUUAAAGAGCGUAAUUUUCCUAACUACAUACCAUUUGCUAAACACGGUAAAGUUCAGGCCCGUUACAACCAAAAUAACGCCUUGCCACUUGAACGCUUUAAGUUAAACGAAUCUGUGAAAAAAAGGAGGUUUCCAAGCAGUUGACUUGCCGAGGGUUUUCGUCAGGAUCAUUCAGCAUUGUCGACGUUGGGUUUCUGUAUCGAGGAAUACUCAUGUACUCACAUACGAAAUAGUAAAUAACAUUACGGCAGAGUCACCUCUUAACAUGUUGAUAAUGAAGGGUUAUACCAUUUAUAUAUUAAAGUUUCUUUGACUUUAUUUUCGUGGUAGAUUAUAUUUUGUCACUGGUGUUUCCGCAUGGUGCAUUUUAAUUGGUAUUAUCUGCCUUUCCUCUGAACGGUUAGAAAGUGAAAGAGGGGUAUAACUGACAUCCACAUUAGGUUAAGACUAUAUUGGCGUGUGUUCGGCAGACUCAGUGCCCAAAAGGGUUUAUUGAUAGUCAGAGGCAAAGGUCAUAGGCCUGGUCAUGAUAGUAAUUCUUGCUGGACGAAUCUAGGAUUAUAUGACUGAUAAUGAUCGAUUUUCUUUUGAAUAGUUUUUAAGCAAAAAAUGCUAUCAUACCAAAAGAUCUUGUUUAUCCACAAGAACAAUUGGCAAACAAACUACAAAGUCCACCCCCUCCCCCAAAAGACUCGUAACUUCCUUCAUUGAGCAUCACCAUCCCCCCCCCCUGGCCUUACUCUUGAUUUUAGAGCCAGUAUAUAACAUGUAUAACCUCCUUAUUUAAAACUUAGCUACCAUGAAAAAGAUCAUUGUCGUUCUUUUUGUUCUGUAUUGUUAUUAGAAUAUGAAUGAAUAAGAAUCGUGUUUUACUAUGUGUGGUUGAAACAAAACCGUUCAAUAUAAUGAUGGAAUAUGUAUCCAUAUUUUCUUUCUGUAAUCAAAAUCGAGCUGGUAAGGCGACGGCUUUCAGUCAAUCAUAAUCCGAAUCAUAGUGACUCGAAUGUUUGAUCAAUUUGUCUCAGAAUUGUGAGGCAUCAAAAUCAGCAUAUAAUAAGUAAUUAAUUCAUACGAAGUUGGCUCCCAAAACUCCCAAUUUUCGAAUCAAAUUUGACUCGGCAUGAAGGAAGAGUGUAAUAACAAAGAGAAAGUGCAAUUUAUCCACCUUGUCUUAUUAUGUUCAAUUAUUUAUUUAUUAUAUACAGCGAAACUAAUUGUAUUACUUUGAGUAGUGGAAAGUGUAGUUGUCUAUUGCGUUAUGCCUUUGCAGUUUUCAUAAACCUUAUAUUAUAGAUGGUUUAUGUACUUCCAUAUAUCUUUCAUGAAAUAUGAUAUUACCCGCAUAUUUUGCUUGUUUUAUGUGAAGUUUUAAUUACAGGCCCGAUCACGUAGUCAUUACAGCUUAUAAAGCAUUAAUAUGAUACAGGAAUGCGGUUAAAAUAUAGCAGACAUUAAUUUGUUAAAAGAGAAAAUGCUUGUUCAUGUUUAUGCGUUUAUACCAAAGGGUGAGAGUAAAUGUUUGUUCAUCUUGUUUGUAACUUUCCGUACAGUUCCUCAAUAUUUUUCAUUUUCUUUUUUUUUGUUGGUAGUGCAAAAAGUAGCAGAUGUAUGCACGUCGAAAAGCUUCAGACUGUCAGCUUUUUAAAGAUUUGUUGCCAAAUAUUGGAUAGCGAUGGGGUACCAGUUAAAUUUGUGUCAUAUGAUAAUGAUGACAACAUGACAAUAAUACGAGGAUCUUGUAUUUUCUCUAUGCGCAAUACUCGCUAUUUAUAAGGAAUAUGAUAGAAUAGCCUUUAGCAAGUCUUGUGCCUAAAGUGUACAUAGUCUGGGUAUAUCAGUGCCACAAAAUUGGCACAAUAUUGCAUAGGCCUUGCAAAUUCAUUUUGCGAGAUUUUAUUUAAAUCCAAAUAAUAUGGUAUGAUACAGAUCUCAAUAUUCCAGUAUAUGUGGAUACACUGCAAACACCUCUAGCACUAAAACUUUUUUACUGAAAAUUUCCAUUUACCAGAAGUGAACUUCACUUUUGAACAUACAAGAACGCCAUCAUGACACGCUAGGUCGCUUUAUUCGCUUCCUUUUCGAGUUUCUUCGAAAAUUUAAAUUCGCCUUGCGUAUGGCCAUGCUCACCCCCCCCCCCUCCACAAUGAACACCGAACCACACCCAUAGCGUACAGCCAUGCAAAUACGAUGGUGCUCAUAUAUGAUGCUCCGGGUUGACAAAAUUUAUGCCUAAAGAAAUGAGUAAAAUUCACAGAGCAAAAUGCUGAAAAUUUCAUUAAAAUCGGAUAACAAAUAACAAAGUUGUUGAAUUUUAAAGAUUUGCAUUAUUCCAGUGAAACAGUUCUAGGCGUGUCUUCCUGAAUAUUCAGUAAGUGGGCCGAUGAUGUCACAUCCCCACUUUCCUUUUUCUUAUGUUAUUACAUGAAAUCAUGAUUGUUUCGUGUUUUCAUAAAUGUGUGAACAAUGUGUCUCCUUCAUAAUGAAAUAAGUUGCAGCAAUGAAUAUCUAUUGCACUUAAUAAGUAAGUUCUCGGUAGAAAAUUUUUGAAUAAUGUAGUUUCAUAUAAUACAAAAAACGGGUGGGGAUAUGACAUCAUCAGCCCACCUAAUGAAUAUUCAUGAGACAUGCCGAGAACAUAACUGUUUCACCGGGAUAAUGGAGAUCUUUAAAAUUCAAUAACUUCGUUAUUUGUUAUCCGAUUUUGAUCAAAUUUUCAGCAUUUUGCUCUGUGAAUUUUACUUGUAUCUCAAAUUUAUUGAUGAUAUAUGAGAUAUAAAUAUCUUCAGCCCGGAGCAUUCCUUUAACAUUAUGGCCACAUCAACCAUUAUACACUUGAUUUCACACCCAUUGUUGUUAUGGUGUUAUUAUAGCCCAUUCUGUUUUCGUGUUACAUUCAAAUUUCACGGUUUAACACCCAAGGAUUUGGUACUCCAGGAAAACGGGCUGAUGUUGUUCUUAAUAUCUACAGAGUACACGUCUAAGUUUAUACCAAAGUCUUCCAGUACUCUUGUUAAUAAAGAACACUAUAAAUACAUCAUUGAUACUAUAGGGUGCACUAUCAUGUAUUGGGGAUUGUUUAUGCCAAUAGAAAAAAUAAUAAUAUUUAUUGAAAAAAAAAGCCUAUUGGUAAAUAAUAAUGAAGUCAAUU